AUGAACCAAGGCGAGUUGCGAAAGCGCAGGCGACCGGCCAAAUCGUGUGAGCCAUGCCGGCAGCGGAAAGUGCGUUGUGAUCUUCAGCAGCCGUGUGGACCGUGUACACGGACCAAGUCCUCGCUGAACUGCUCCUACCGCGACGAAGGUGCGCUUUCAAGACAGCAAAGCCAGUUCCGUGUUCAACACCGACCCGCCGUUCCUCCCCCUCAACCUCGGGGAAGUGGCCGUCCCCAGCUGACUCCCUCGUCUAUCGGAGCCGAGACCGAAAGCCCAAAUGACGACUUGCAACAAACCGUCCGGGAUCUUGAGGCGCGCCUCGCCGACCUGGAAGCGCGAGUCACUCGUGGUAGGACGAAUGACGUAUCGUCUGCACGAUGCUCGAGGGUUGAACAGGACUUGCGUGCUUUGUCCGACAAGGUCCAGACGGUCCAGGACCAGCUGACCAGGGCGCCGAAUGCCACUGCUCCGGAUGCAAGGGAUCGGACAUCAAUUAGGGCCAUUGCUCCCCGGAUGCGCCACUCGAUGCAAAAGGUCAAGUUCAUGGGACCGUCGCACUGGUCUCACAAGAUGGAUCCGCUCUCCAUCUCUCAGCUUAUGGCGACAAAGGACCCUGAGCCCGCUUUGAACGACGUCAAGUUGAUCAUAAAAGAGUGCCGCGACCUCCGACAGUCGAUCAAGGCACAGCGUUCUGUGAGACUCAACAACCCGUUGCCGGAUGUACGUAGCACAAUCCCGUCCAAGGGAGAGUGUGACGAACUGGUGCAAUGCUACCUGCGCACCUUUGAACCCAUUUACCGCGUCAUACAUGUCCCAUCAUUCUGGACGGAAUACGAUGAGUUCUGGACUCAGGCUCAAUCUACCUUGACUCCUUUCCUUACGAAGCUUCUCCUCAUUCUCGCAAUUGGUACUGUGUUCCGCUCGGGAGAUGGAUCUCUCACGAGGGAAGAGCAUCACCGACUUGCUCAGAACUGGAUAUACGCCGCGCAGUGGUGGUUAGCGGGACCCUCAGAGAAGUCCACACGCAAUCUUGACGGGCUCCAGGUGGCGUGUCUCCUGCUCAUCUCACGAAAGGCAUGUGGUUUCGGAGCAUCCCCUUGGCUGUCUGCAGGGUCCCUGAUGAAGAUGGCAAUAUCAAUGGGAUUACACCGUGACUCGGCAAACUACCCAGCGCUUUCACCACUCCAGGGGGAAAUACGGCGACGCCUCUGGGCGACCGUGCUAGAGUUGGAGUUGCAGGAAUCGCUCGACUUGGCUUCGCCGUGUCUUGUACCAGCCUUCUGGGACACUAAAGCACCGUCGAGCAUUGACGAUCAUACUUUGGCAGCAAACUUGACGACAGUACCCGACGCCGAAGGAGAUGGCCGAGUCACAAAUGCAUCAAUUCAGGUCUUGCUCCAUGACUCGGUCAGAUUGCGUAUGCAAAUCCUUGAGGUGAUACAUGACUGCAAAGAACAGUCGUACCAACGGGCGCUGGACCUAGGCAGCAAAAUGCGAGCAGUCUGCCGUCGAACAGCAGCCGCUUUUAGCUCGAUGAGCGACGGUACCAGCCCGGGCGCGGAAUCGAGUGGAUUCCAGGCAAAGUUCAUUGAUAUUCAGCUACACAGGUAUAUCCUGGCUCUAUACACACCGUUCAUGGUGCAAGCAAGAAAAGACCCUCAAUAUUACUUUGCCCGGAAAGCGUGUCUAGAGUCCGCAGCAAUAAUUGCGGCUUAUGCAGAUGCCCUCGACCUACCGUCCGAUGCACCUGAUGACAUAUGCCGCCUCUUCCUUACCGGAAAGGGCUCUUUCAAGGGUCCGCUCAGCCUCGAUGUGAUAUCCCCGCUCGGUUUGGAGUUGGUCACUCAGCUAGAGGAAGAGCCUUUUACAGGCUUCGAUGGCGAUCCGUUGGACAAGCUUGCGGGAGCUAGCCGCGACCAUCUCAUUCACACCCUUGAACACAUUCUCAACCAGCUCUGCCAAAUAAUCGCCAUGGGAACCCCGAGCAUGAAACGCGCUGGUCUAGCAGCGGCUGUGCUGGGGCAGAUCCGGGCGAUGAAAGCGGAGCAAGAUAUCAAAGAGACCGUAUACGAAACUAUGGCGCAAACUUUCAAGGAUUGCUUUUCGGCGCUGCAGAUGAGCGCUCAGAGGAACGAAGUGACAGAGGCACUCGACGGCACCAGUACAAUAGACUUUGGUGUACCCGACCCAAGUCUGCCUGGGUUUGACAUGGAUCUGACGGAUUCCAUCUUUGGCAUAGACCUUCAGAGUCUGUUUCCAUUUACGGGCCUCGAUAACAGCAUGGGUUCUAUGCUCAGCUGA